AUGGCUUCUGCUUCAAUAAUGCUUCCCUCUGUGUUCUUCUUCUUCUUCUUCAUGUUGACUUUUAUCUUGACCAACGCUCAGCAAAACGUCACCGUUCACACCUAUUGCGGAGGAGGAAACUUCACAUCCAACUCUUCAUAUUCUCUCAGCCUCAACCGUCUCAUCUCUUCUCUACCCGAUCUAACUCCAACCACCAACGGCUUCUACAACUUCUCCGUCGGUGGUGAAGUCAACGCCAUAGCUUUAUGCAGAGGAGAUCUCAAACCAAAUCAAGACUGCAUCAGCUGCAUAUCAAACGCAGCGAAACAGCUCUUACAAAACUGUCCUAACAUCAUCGAAGCCUUUAUCUGGCUCGAGAAAUGCAUGUUCCGUUACACAAGUCGAACCAUUCUAGGUAUUUUGGAGCCGGUUCCUUUUUACCACACCUCAAGCAACGUUAACGUGAGCGACAAGGAAGGUUUCAGCAAGGGUUUAGGUGAGCUGUUGGAAUCAUUAGGGGCUAAAAUCGAGGCGAGCGAGACACGUGAGCUAAAAUUUGCAGCAGGAGUGAGAGGAACGAUCUACGCUUUAGUUCAGUGUACACCAGAUGUGUCUGAAUCAGAUUGUAGAAUCUGUCUUUCUCAGAUCUUUGCUGGAGUUCCUACUUGUUGUGAUGGAAAGACAGGUGGUUGGUGGAUGAAUCCGAAUUGCUAUUUCCGGUUUGAAGAUUAUCCGUUCUUCGAUCUCUCUGUUAUUCCAGAACAGAGACAACCUCUUACUCCUCAUAACAACAAUGACACCAGAACAAGUGAUCAAGGAGACGGUAAAGACCGGUCUAAGACUCUCGUCUUUGCGGUGGUUCCCGUUGUGACAACUGUCUUAGUUCUUAUCUCUCUCUUUAUCUGCUUAGUGAGGAAGAGGAAGAAGAAGAAGAAGAAAAAUAUGAAGGAAGAAGCUGAAACUGAAAUAGAGAAUGCAGACUCAUUUCAUUUUGAAUUUGACGCCAUAAGUGUAGCAACAGAUGAGUUCUCUUUAAAGAAUAAGAUCGGUGAAGGUGGUUUUGGUGUUGUCUACAAGGGUCGUCUUGAAGAUGGGGAAGAGAUAGCAGUGAAAAGGUUAUCGAUACACUCAGGACAAGGCAAUGCAGAGUUUAAGACAGAAGUACUCUUAAUGACUAAACUGCAACACAAGAAUCUUGUUAAGCUCUUAGGUUUCUCCAUCAGAGAAUCUGAAAGACUUCUUGUCUAUGAGUUUAUCCCUAAUACAAGUCUUGAUCGGUUCUUGUUCGAUCCUAUCAAACAAAAGCAAUUAGACUGGGGAAAACGGUACAAAAUCAUCGUAGGAAUUUCCAAGGGAUUGCUUUACCUUCACGAAGGCACAGAGUUUCCGAUAAUACAUCGUGAUCUUAAAACCUCCAAUGUGCUUUUAGAUGAACAAAUGCAACCAAAGAUCUCAGAUUUUGGUAUGGCAAGACAGUUCGAUUUCGAUAGGACUCAAGCAGUUACAAGAAGAGUUGUUGGAACUUAUGGAUAUAUGGCUCCAGAGUAUGCAAUGCACGGAAGAUUCUCAGUGAAAACAGAUGUUUAUGGAUUCGGAGUUCUUGUUCUUGAGAUCAUUACAGGUAAAAGAAACAGUGGGUUUGGUUUUUGUGAAGGCACAGAUCUCCCAACUUUUGCUUGGAAGAAUUGGAUUGAAGGAACAUCAACGGAUCUAAUAGAUCCUGUUCUUCUGAAAUCUUGCUAUAAGAAACAGUCAAUGCAAUGCCUAGAAAUUGCUCUGUCUUGUGUUCAAGAGAAUCCUACGAAAAGACCAACAAUGGAGUCAGUUGUUUCGAUGCUUAGCUCUGAUUCUGAGUCUCUUCAGCUCCCAAAGCCAUCGCAGCCUGGUUUCUUCAGAAGUUCGACGUCGUUUUCGAUUUCUGUAAACGAUGUUUCUCUCACGGAUUUAUCUGCACAUUCUCAGCUUAGCUCUGAGAAAUCUUCAAAUGCAGGGUUAGUGACCGGUGGUGAUAUCGUAAAAGAUGGGUUUUUAAGAUGGAGAAAUGGAGGAGGGACAUGUCAUAGCUCGGCUGUAAUUGAUUCCUCUGCUUUGGUUGAGUUUGGCGCAGUAAUUCAUGAAAAAGCUGUUGUAGGUGCAGAGGUUCAUGUAGGAUCCGGGACUGUAAUUGGACCAUCAGUUACAAUCAAUCCUUCCACAAGAAUAGGAUAUAAUGUUUCAGUUAGCAACUGUAGUAUUGGUGAAUCAUGUGUUAUCCACAAUGGAGUCUGCAUAGGUCAAGAUGGCUUUGGUUUUUAUGUGGAUGAACAUGGAAGCAUGGUGAAAAAGCCUCAAACUUUAAAGGUAAAGAUUGGAAAUCGUGUGGAGAUUGGAGCAAACACAUGUAUUGAUAGAGGCAGCUGGAGAGAUACUCUGAUCGAAGAUGAUACAAAGAUAGACAACUUAGUCCAGAUAGGUCAUAAUGUGAUGAUAGGAAAAUGUUGCUUGCUCUGUGGCCAAGUAGGCAUCGCUGGUUCUGUAACGAUUGGUGACUAUGUAGCUUUAGGAGGACGUGCUGCUGUUCGAGCCCAUGUCUCUAUUGUAUCCAAGGUUCGACUUGCGGCUAAUAGUUGUGUUACUAGAAACAUUACUGAGCCAGGAGAUUUUGGAGGCUUUCCUGCUGUCCCAAUUCACGAAUGGAGAAAGCAGAUUGUUCAAGCUCAGAUUUCGAACAAGAGAAUAACCUGA